AUGGAGGACCAAGUCCACAAGCCGCAUCGCAAGUCCAACAAGGACAAAAAGGACAAGAAAGAGCAUACUGGAGCAGAGCGCAAUCCAAAGGCAUUUUCCUUUGCUAGACCAGGCAAGCUUCAAAGACAAGCAGCUAGAUCGCAAGAUAUCAAAGAGAAGCGUCUUCAUGUCCCGCUCGUCGACCGAUUGCCCGAUGAGGCCCCUCCUCGCCUUGUUACCAUCGUUGGCCCCCCCGGUGUAGGAAAGACGACUUUGAUGAAGUCGCUCAUUCGACGAUAUGCCAAAGAGACGAUAUCUGACCCUCAGGGUCCCGUUACGGUUGUUACAUCCAAGAAGCAACGAUUGACCUUCGUCGAGUGCCCCAACGAGCUCGAGGCUAUGGUCGACAUCGCAAAGGUUGCCGACAUCGUCCUCCUGAUGAUUGAUGGAAACUUUGGCUUUGAGAUGGAGACUAUGGAGUUUCUCAACAUCCUUGCCGCUACUGGUAUGCCUGGUAACGUCUUUGGUAUCCUGACUCAUCUCGAUCUCUUCCGCAAGCCGCAGGCACUCAAGGACGCCAAGAAGAGACUCAAGAGGCGACUUUGGACGGAGUUGUACCAGGGUGCUCAUCUCUUCUACCUUUCCGGUGUCAUGAACGGCCGAUACCCUGACCGAGAAAUCCAUAACUUGUCGCGUUUCCUUUCUGUUAUGAAGAACCCUCGCCCUCUCGUCUGGCGCAACUCCCACCCUUACUCCAUCAUCGACAGCUUCCGAGAUAUCACACACCCCACCAAGAUCGAGGAGGAUCCCAACUGCGACCGAUCAAUUGUACUAUCUGGGUAUUUACGAGGUACAAAUUUCGCUUCCCAGGACCAAAGAGUCCAUGUUCCUGGCCUAGGAGACUUCACAGUGUCCAAUAUGGAGGUUAUGCCAGAUCCUUGUCCAACACCAAACAUGGAGCAAGCAAUGGCCAAGAUUACAGGAAAGACUGGACGAAGACGACUUGAUGAGAAGGAGAAGAAGCUCCAUGCGCCUAUGUCAGAUCGCAGCGGUCUCAAAAUCGACGGUGAUGCUAUCUGGAUUACAAACGAGAAGGGCUUCAGCUUUGACCAGGAUGAGGACGACGCUGAUCGAGGAGAGGGAGAAGAGAUGAUCGUUGGUCUCCAGGCUGAGCGAAAGCUUCUUGGACAGAUGGAGGGCGGUGUUCAGCUUUUCAAGGGUGGCGAGAAGGUCGAGGCAGUCCCUGAAGAGGAGGACACAGGCAGAAAAACGCAGCGAAAAGCCAGAUUCGCACAGCAAGAAGAUGCUGACGACCAAUACGAUGAUGGCGAAGGUCUUGCCAGCGAUGACGACGAGGCCGACUCCGAUGCCGAAGUCGAGUUUAACGAGGGCAAGCUGGGCAAGAUGUUCCGCAAAGAUGCUGACAAGGACCUUGGUGACGACGACCUUGCUUUUGCCGACAGUGAUUCGGAUCUUGGAGCCUUGUCUGGAGAGGACGAGGUGGAGGAUGAUGAAGAGUACGAUUCCGACGAAGAAGCAGCAGCGUUGAGAUGGAAAGACAACUUGAACGGCACUGCGAUGAAGCUCCACGGCAAGAGACGCUCAUACCACACAAGCGACCUGGCUAGAUUCAUGUACGACGAUUCACUGAGCCCCGAAGAUGCCCUGAAGCGAUGGAAGGGCGAUGAGGAUGAGUCUGAAGAGGAGAACAUCGAGGAUGAUGAAGAUGACGACGAUUUCUUCAAGAAGUCCAAGCAAGAGAAGGAAGACGCUGUGGAGGAUAGGUCAAUACCCGCUUAUGAUUACGAGGAUCUAGCUGCAAAGUGGGCUUCAGAGAAGAACGUUGAAGCUUUACGGCGAAAGUUCACAUCAACAGCCCUUGCUGCAGGCGAUGACGAGGAUGACGAAGGCAGUGAAUUCGAGGGCUUGGAUGAUGAGGACGAUGAAGGUGAUGGCGAAUUUGAGGAUCUUGAAGCCGACGGCGAUGAGAAGCCAGCGCAACCCGCACAGCCAACCCCUGACGAUAUCGAGGCUGAGCGAGAGAAGAACGCUAAGCGAAAGGAAGAGCUCAAGAUGAGAUUCGAAGAGGAAGAUCGUGAGGGUUUCCUGAACGACAAGGCCAACGCCCGACGGGAUGGCGGUGAUAUCCAAGAGUUUGGCGAGGAUGAUUGGUACGAGGCGCAAAAGGCUAUGAUCCAGAAGCAGCUCGACAUCAACAAGGAGGAGUUUGAGAACCUCGAUGAGCGUCAGCGCUCUGUCGUUGAGGGUUACCGCGCUGGCAAAUACGCCAAGGUCGUCCUCGAGGGCGUUCCAGCCGAGUUCGUUAAGCUCUUCGACGCCCGCCGACCCAUCGUUGUCGGUGGUCUCUCCGCUACUGAAGAUCGUUUCGGCUAUCUACAGGUUCGCAUCAAGCGUCAUCGAUGGCACAAGCGUAUCCUCAAGACGAACGACCCCCUCAUCUUCUCUCUCGGCUGGCGUCGCUUCCAGACCAUGCCCAUUUACAGCACCACAGACUCGCGGACGCGUAACCGCAUGCUGAAGUAUACGCCUGAACAUAUGCACUGCUUCGCUACCGUCUACGGUCCGUUGAUUGCACCCAACACAGGCUUCGUCUGCUUUAACUCAAUGUCCUCUUCGAUGCCUGGCUUCCGUAUCGCUGCUACUGGCACAAUCCUCAGCGUCGACGAAUCCACCGAGAUUGUCAAGAAGCUCAAGCUCACUGGUACCCCUGCCAAGAUCUACAAGAACACCGCUUUUAUCAAGGACAUGUUCAACUCAUCGCUUGAAAUCGCCAAGUUCGAAGGUGCCUCUAUCAAGACGGUUUCUGGUAUUCGUGGUCAGAUCAAGCGUGCCCUUUCCAAGCCCGAAGGCCAGUUCCGUGCCACGUUCGAAGACAAGAUCCUGCUUAGUGACAUCGUCUUCCUGCGAGCAUGGUACCCCAUCAAGCCUCACCGCUUCUACAACCCGGUCACCAACCUGAUCGGCUGGCAACCCAUGCGUCUCACAGGCGAGGUCCGCCGCGAUCAAAACGUUCCUACUCCCCAGCCCAAGAACAGCCAGUACCGUACCAUUGAGCGUGAGACUCGUCACUUCAACCCUCUGCGCGUUCCUCGCGCUCUUGCUGCCGAACUGCCUUUCAAGUCUCAGAUCGUUGAGACCAGGAAGCAGAAGAAUGAUACGUACAUGAAGAAGCGCGCUGUCGUCAUGGCUCCUGGUUCUGAGGAGAAGAAAGCACGUGCUCUCAUGCAGCAGCUGCUCACUAUCCGCAACGACGCCGCUGCCAAGCGUCGUGCUGCAAAGGACAAGAACCGUGCUGCUUUCCAGAAGAAGCUGGCUGAGAACGAGGAGAAGAAGGAGGCUCGUGAGAAGAAGGAAUCCAAGGACUUCUGGCGCAAGAACGGUCGCAAGCGUGCUUCUGCCGAGGAUGGAGGUGGUGGCAAGCGCAGGAAAUAA